AAUAAAAAUAAUAUUAAAAAAACUAACCCUAUAUUUGAAACUAUCUCUAACGAAUUAGAUAAUGCUCUGUCCCCAUGUACACUCUUUUUAUACUAUAUAAGAAAUUAUAAGGAAAUCUUUGGAUGUGAAGUUGAGCAUGAAGUUGAUGUUGAUGAAACCAACCAAAUCACGGAAAGAAACGAAAUCGGAAUGAAUCGUCCCGGACCUAAACCAAAAGUCGACUUCAAUGUUCAAAAGGAAGUGUUUUUGAAAUAUCAACAUAUUCUGAAAAAUAAAAAUAAUAUUAAACAGGAUAACCCUAUAUUUGAAACUAUCUCUAACGAAUUAGAUCAUGCUCUGUCCCCCUCUACACUUUUUUAUAUUAUAUAAGAAACUAUAAGGAAAUAUUUGGAUGUGAACUUGAGUAUGAAGUUGAUGUUGAUGAAACCAACCAAAUCACGGAAAGAAACGAAAACGGGAUUAAACGUCACGGACGUAAACCAAAAGUUGACUUCAAUGUUCAAAAGAAAGUGUUUUUGAAAUAUCAACACAUUCUAAAAAAUAAAAAUAAUAUUAAAAGGUAUAAUCCUAUAUUUGAAACUAUCUCUAACGAAUUAGACAGCGCUCUGUCCCCAUCUACACUCUUUUUAUACUAUACAAGAAAUUAUAAGGAAAUCUUUGGAUGUGAUGAAGUUGAGCAUGAAGAAUCUGUUGAUAUUGAAGAAACCAACCAAAUGACCGAAAGAAAAGAAAACAGUAAAAUCUUUGGAUGCGAAGUUAAACACAAACAACCGGUUGAUAUUGAUAAAAUCAUGAAAGAGGUUACCCUUCGCCUCCGUGGUGUCGCAUCAAGUGUAGAAAAAAAUAGGACAAUCCCUGAUAGUAAAAUCUUUGAUUGUGAAGUUCAACAUGUAAAAGCGGUUGACGAUGACGUCAUACAAAACAGCUCCGAACGAGUAGAAGAAAUUAGAACGAUUCCUGAUAGAGAAGUCUCUGAUUGUGAAAUUCAACAUAUCAAACCGGAUGAUGAUGAUGAAGUAUUACAAAGCAGCUCCAUAAGAGUAGAAAACCAUAGGACAGUUGCUAAUGGAGAAAUCUCAGAACGUAAAGUUGAACCAGUUGAUGUAAAUGAAGUAAUCCAAAGUAGCUCGAAAGAAAGAGUAGGAAAAAAUAGGACGAUUGCUAAUAAAGAAAUCUCAGAACGUGAAGUUAAGCCGGUUGAUGCUGAUGAAAUAAUCCAAAGUAGUUCGAAAAGAGUAAAACAAAUUGGGCAGGCACGCCGUGGACGUAAACCAAAAAUCGACUUCAAUAUUCAAAAAAAAGUUUUUCUUAAACAUUUCCUCAUAUUGAGUAAUAAAAAUAAUAUGAAACGUAGUAAUCCUGUAUUUAAAGCUAUCGCCGAAGAACUAGAUAAUGUUUUAUCCCCAUCGAAACUCUUUACAUCCUAUAUGAGAAAUUAUAGAGAAAUCUUUGAAUGUGAAGUUCAACAAGUAAAGCAGGUCGACGAUGAUAUCAUACAAAGCAGCUCCGAAAGAAUAGACACAAUUAGGAUGAUACCUGAUCGAGGAAUCCUUGAUUGUGAAAUGCAAGAUGUAGUACCGGUUGAUGAUAAUGAAAUAGUACAAAGCAGUAGUAACAGUAGUAGCUGUGGUAGCUCCAAAAGAGAAGAAAAAAAUAGGACGACUGCUAAUAAAAAAAUCUCAGAAUGUAAAGUUGAACCAGUUGAUGUUGAUGAAAUAGUCCAAAGUAGCUCCAAAAGAGUAAAACAAAUUGGGAUGAUACCUGUUCGAGAAAUCCUUGGUUGCGAAAUUCAAGAUGUAGAACCGGUUAAUGAUAAUAAAGUAUUACAAAGCAGUAGUAGCUAUGGUAGCUCCGAAAGAGUAGAAAAAAAUAGGAUGAUUCGCCUUGGACGUAAACCAAAAGUGGACUUCUAUGUUCAAAAGAAAAUGUUUCUGAAACAUUGCCACAUAUUGAAAAAUAAAAAUAAUAUUAAACGAAGUAAUCCUGUAUUUAAAACUAUCGCCGAAGAACUAGAUAAUGCUAUCUCCCCACUGGAACUCUUUACAUCCUAUCUGAGAAAUUAUAGAGAAAUAUUUGGAUGUGAAGUUGAGCACAAACAAUCGAUCGAUGUUGAUAAAAUCAUGAAAGAAGUAACACAUCGUCUCCUACUUGCCGCGUCCGCGUCAGCCAGUAACAUAUCGUCUUCAACCCUGUAAAUUAUAAAUAUAACUUACAAUAACUGGACUCAUGUGAUUAUUUGAAGUAAGCUCUACUAGUUUAAGUCUGGGGUCCUUUUUCAAAGGGUCUUUGAUCGCGACGCGGCGCGAAUGAGGUUGUGACCCGCACGGACCACUGUGAAGGCGGCGCUGAGGUCAUUAGUUAUGUUUAUAAUGAAUAUCACUCAGUAUAGUUUAAGCACAUGUAAAUUAUCAUGAUUAAUGGCCCAUUUUUCAAUCGUCAAAUAACUUUUAUCUGAGGAAUGACGUAUUGACAGAUUUCCUACACAAAAACUGUCAAACCCUCAUUAUUCCUUAGAUAAAAGUUAUUUGACGAUUGAAAAAUCGGCCCUUAAGUAAUCUUUUAAGAAAACAGUAUUUUAAUUAAUUAUAUGAUCGAAAACAAAAUGUUGUCAUUAAAUUACUACAAUAAGUGGAUUUUGGUUUUAAUUAUAUAAUUGUUAUACGUAUAUUAUACGUCGUUAUAAUAUUAGCUAAAAUUAUUGAUCAAUCUAUCUAUGAAUCAAUGUAUCUGUAGAUAGGUAAUCUGUAAUCUGUCGAUAAAAAACUUAGCAAUGUUGUUCCUUGUCAACAACUGUAUGUUCUCGUAUGGCAUAUAAAAACGUUGUUAUAGUAAUGUGUCGGUCGAUUUUGCUUGUAAAUUUUUAUUUUAGAUUUUCAAUUUUUUUGUUAAAGUUAAUCAUCAUUUUUUUCUCUUUUCUAAAUCCAUGGUAUAAUACGAUCGAGGGUAGUUGCAUAAAUUAAAUUGUGAUAGAUCCCUGGUAUAGUGUGAUUUCGACCGUAGAAGCGGCCAAGCUCCAAUGGAACACUACUUUAGUUUAUAAUUGAUUCUUCAUUGCAGAAAAAUCAUUCCCAUCGAUGGACAAGUUUUUACAUAUUAUAAGUUUGUAAUAGGUUUUAAAAUGAUUAUUAAAAUAUUUCUGUAUA